UAUAUAAAGACACUAAAGAAUCUGGUAAUGGCCGGCUUAUUAGGUAAAUCCAAUUCUCUUUUGAUCGGUCCCCAAAAAUUAAAGAAACAAACAAAUAAAAAAAAUGGCAGCAAUUUCUGAUGAGCUGAAAUGGGAAAAUUCUGAAUCUCAUGAUCAAGAAACAGAAGCCGAAGAGGAAUCAUUAUCGCUAUGCGAUUUACCCGUCGAGUUGAUCCAAGCCGAAGAGGAAGCGAAAAAUCAAGAAAGUGAAGCAAUUCAAGAAGAUUUCAAAUUCGGAUCAUUCGAUGAUUCUUUAUCUACAAAAUCAGAAAUGUGUUCUGCUGAUGAUAUUUUCUUUAAAGGUCAAAUUCUUCCAUUUCGUCUCUCGGUCAGUUCCGAGAACAGUACUAUUUCGUUCAAAAAUAACAAAUUCAGUGUAGCAGCCACGAGUUUAUCAAGAUCGGAAUCUUUAGACCGUAAUUCAACCGGAGAAUUUACGAGUUCUUUUAGCAGCAGAAGCAGCAGCAGCAACAGCAGAAGCCAAUUUUCUUCGAGUAGUUCAAAUUCAAGAAUUUCGAAGCCAAGAAUUACUCAGAAUCAAUUCAACUCGCAUCCAAGUCCGAAGCCUCAAAUCAAACAGCUCGUAAAUCAAACGAACACCCGAAACAGAAAAUCGACUACUACUGCUUGGGAUUUUUUCAGAUUGGGAUUGGUACGGACACCCGAAAUCGAAUUGAAAGACUUCAAGAAUCGUAGUUCUGUCAGCAGAAACAGCAGUUCCGGCAGUAGUAGUAAUAAUAGUAAUAGUAAUAAUUCAAGCAUCAAGAUUAUCGACAACGAAAGCGGCAAGAAAUUGCCGAAACCGAAACCGAAAACGAAACAGAAUUUGUUAAGUGGGUGUAAUUGUACAGUUAGUGCAGUGAAAUCAGUUCCAUUAAACGUAAAAAAUAUCAAGAACAGCGGUAAAAAUGAUGAACAAGAAGUGAAAAUAAAGCAGCAGAAAAAGCAAACAAUGUCACGUCAUCGAACAUUUGAGUGGAUUAAAGAGCUUUCUUCACAUGCUAGCUUUCUUGAUCAUGAACAGAGCCACGCAUGAAAAAUCUUUAUUUUUUUUUUCUUUCUCUCGCGCACGCCUUGUGUUCUUUUUUGUGGUUCUUGCUUUUUUUGGUUCUUUAAUUUGAAUUUUAUUAUAUAGUAUUAUUGUUGUUA